AUGGAGAGCAGCAAAACUGGAUGGGCUCUGAGGGCAGCGAGAAGUGAACAUCAAUUACAGUAUGAUGAACAGGUUCAGGUUGGUUAGGGAUUUUUAGAAUGGGAGAAGAAGUAUUAGUUUAAAAUUUGGAAAAAAGGCUGAAAAUUUCGAAGCAAUUCCAGAUAUUCAUCAAUUUUUCCCAAAUCGCUUUGGGAAUGUCAAAAAUUGUUAAAAGGGUCUUAUAGAAGGCCCAGUGUGUUUUUGAUAGUCAAUAUUGUAUUCUGUCUAUUCCUAUAUAUUUUACCAGAUAUACCGACAAAUCACUAGUUAUGGCAACUGUUAUAAUUAGAAUAUGGAAGGUGUGAAAAUGUACAACAACAAAUGAAUAAAACACCAUCCCAAAAUUCUCACACCUUCCCUAUUCUAAUUAUAACAGUUGCCAUAGCUAGUAUUUUGUCGGUGUAUCAGGUCAAAUAUAUAGGAAUAGACAGAAAAUAAUAAUGACUAUCAAAAACACACUGGACCUUUUAUAAGACCCUUUUAACAAUUUUUGACAUUCCCAAAUAGAUUUGGGAAAAAUCGAUGAAUAUCUGAAAUUGUGUUCAAAAUAAAAUAUUGUUCCAGUGAAAAAGCUGCAAAAUGACAUUUUUCGGGAAAAACCUCAUAAUAACAAUAAUUUCGAUCGAAAAAUCUACGGAACUCAAAAAAUUUGGAUUUUUACGUCAAAAUUAGAAAAGACUUAAAAGGUUCGAAUCGAGAUGAUCUAGAUGUUCCAGGCUUCUCCUUUUCAUCCUUCAAAUUGUACUCCACUGCCCAUGUUAUUUUAAAAACACCAUUGUUGUUUUGAAUUUGGUUUUAUAGAGAAAAAUAAUGUCUAGACUUGAAAUUCUUGAACCAUUUGUUGUUCAACGUGGAGAUGUUUUUUGAAAAUUUGAUUGCAAUAAUUUUCUAGAGUUUUUAAAAAAUUGUUGUCUCACAUAAAAAAGAGCGUCCCAAUAUUUUCACACCUUCGCUAUUCUAAUUAUAACAGUUGCCAUAACUAGUGAUUUGUCGGUGUAUCUGGUCAAAUAUAUAAGAAUAGACAGAAAAUAAUAAUGACUAUCAAAAACACACUGGGCCUUCCACAAGACCCUUUUAAUAAUUUUUGGCGUUCCCAAAGAGAUUUGGGAAAAAUUGAGAAUUUGGAUUUUUUCAGGAGAAAUAUUUUGUGAGAGUCUAGAACUUGAAUUCUGAUCUUAAAAAUUACCCCGAAAAAAAUAACAUUAAUUUUAUAUUCUCCAUAGAUUACGAUGAUUCAACCAAAUCCACUCAAUAAAUUUACCAUAUUAUGUUUUUUGAAACGUAUUUUUUUCGGGUUUUCCGAAAAAAAAAGUGGUCAAAUGGAAAUAAUUUUGAAGAAUCAUUUAUAUUUUUUGAAAAGAUAUGGAGAAUAUUAUUUUGAUUGUAGACAACUUAAAAUUAACUAUUUUGAAUAAAAAGUAUUUUUGGUCCCUGUUUUUUUUUGAGUGCUAAAAGUAUUGAUUUUCUGUUCCGCAUAAAUUCAAAUCUCUUUUUUUUUCAGAAUGCUCGAAUCAGUCAACUUCUUGGCGAAAUGCAUCCACAUCAUCAACAUCGACAAAACGCAAAAAGUUCCAAUAAUAUUUAUUCGUCGUCUUCGUCGAGCACAACAUCAAUUGGUGGAGGAAAUGCACAAAAAAUGAAUGAGAAUUCAAUUAGGCGAAAAGCACAUACAACCAAUAUUGUUGAUGUUUCCCAAAUGACAGGUGAAUAUUUUUUCCUCUUUUUUUUCUGCAGUUUUUUCGCCCCGAAAUUGCUGCCCGAGAAGGGCAAUCGAUGUAUUUUUUGCGAGUACAAUAUUCUAGAGUACAAUUUGGCGGAUUUCAAGCCCAUUUUCAUUUUAUUUUCCUUACUAUACGAUUUUAUUUUUUUCAGCUCGUGCAAAUGGAAUUUAUGGGUCUUGGCAAGAUCGACGUGCACCACCGUUUGGAUAUGGAAGCGGAAAUUUGUUGCCGAAAUAUGAUCAAUUGUAUUGUAAUACAUCGAAUCGAGGAUCGACGGCGACUUUGGCGACGAUUGGAAGGAGAGAACCGCCAGAGUAUAGGUAAAUUUGAGAAAAAGUCAGCAGAGAACGAUGUUUUUUGACCUGACAUUUAGAACAAAAUUAGUGGGAACUGAGCUCAAAGAUCUCAUUGAACCUACUAACAUCAGAGAAAAAAACACUUAUUGGGAGUGAUUAAAAUUUCCACGAAUUUUGAUUCAAAAAUCGAUAAUUUCAAAAUGUUCAUCCAAAUAUUGAGAAUUUUGGUUUUGAUUUAUUGUGUAUAUAUACAAUGGUAGCAUUGAAAAAAGUUGAUAAUAAAUUAUAUCAAAAUUUUGAAACGUAUUUUUUUGUUUUUGAAAAAUUAGAAUUUUUGAAUCAAAAUUUGAAUUUGAAAAUGAGAAUAUUUGCCGAAAUGAAGCAAUGUUGAGCUCAACGUUUAUCGAAAAUGUAGAUUGUCAAGUUUAUAUAGCUGAAAAUGAAAAAGGAAAAGGGGGGAGGGUGUGCACUGGUGGAUUUGAAACGAGAGUAUGCGACGUAUGUUCGCAAAAUAUUUCUCAUAAAAAAUUUCCAGAUAUUCAUCGAUUUUUUCCCAAAUCUCUUUGGGAACGCCAAAAAUUAUUAAAAGGGUCUUAUAGAAGGCCCAGUGUGUUUUUGAUAGUCAUUAUUAUUUUCUGUCUAUUCCUAUAUAUUUGACCAGAUAUACCGACAAAUCACUAGUUAUGGCAACUGUUAUAAUUAGAAAAGGGAAGGUGUGAGAAUAUUGGGAUGGUGUUUUAUUCAUUUGUUGUUGUACAUUUUCACACCUUCCAUAUUCUAAUUAUAACAGUUGCCAUAACUAGUGAUUUGUCGGUAUAUCAGGUCGAAUAAAUAGGAAUAGACAGAAAAUAAUAAUGACUAUUAAAAACACACUGGGCCUUCUACAAGACCCUUUUAGCAAUUUUUGGCAUUCCUAAAGAGAUUUGGGGAAAAUUCAUAAAUAACUUCAAAAAUCGAUAUUUUUGACACUUUGUGGUGAUUAUCAAAUAUUUACAAAGUAUUUCAUCUCCUCAAAUCAUUUUCCCUCACAAUUUAUUAUUAUUUUUUUUGCAGUAAAGUAAUAACUCGACCAACAUCUUCAUGGCAAAUGACAUCAUCCGAAAAUCGUCCAGCUCAAGCCGGUUGGCUGAAAACAUCUCGUCCAUUGCCACGUGGCACAUUAUCACCGGCUGGAUAUUUUAUCGAUUUGGAAAAUAAAAAUGGAUCGACGACAAAAAAUGCGGGAGGAAUGUUGGUUGAUAAUAAUAAUAAAACAACAUCGAAUAGUCAAGAAAGUGAUGUGGAUAAAAUUCGAACUUCUUCAUCGUCUGAUUCAACAUUGGAUAGUUCAUCAUUAUCUGAAUCUCAUCGAAAUGUUGGAAUGCAAAGUGCUGAUUCAACCCUCCAACUCGUUCGAAAUACACCAAGACAAGCGAGUUUUAUGGCGGCGAUGGCGGCCAAAGAAAAGGAGACUCCACCAAAACCGGUUCAAUCGACACCGAUUCGAAGGCCGAGAACAACGACGAGAAGACCGACGAGUAAAAGUCUCGGCAAAUUUGAUAUCGACUUUUUCCGGCUGCGACCCAAAUCAACACCCGAAUUGGAUCAGGAAACGGAGAAGAGCAUUUGGAGCUGGGCGAGAAAAGGUUGGUUUUUUUGGGGGGAGAAUUUAUGGGUAAAAAUUGUUUUUCUAAAUUUUGUUGAAAUCGGGAAAUUAACCCGAGAAGGCCAUUCAAAAUAUGAAUUUGAUAAAAAAUCGAAAAAAUUUGGAAAAGAAAUUGGGAAAGUUUUGAAUUAUCAGAAAUUUUCGUGUCAUUUUUAAAAUUGAAUUUCGAACAGAAAUUUCCUGAAAAUUGUCAAUGAUGCUGAACAAGUUUCUCAUUUUGAGCGAAUUUUUCAGUUUUUAAUAAUUUUCCACUCUAUUUUGAGAAUUUGGAAAAAUUUGGACCAAUUUUAAACUGGAAAGGCGGUUCAAAUUUGAAAAAAAGUUUAUAUCAAAAAUUGAGUUAUCAGAAGUUUCCUUAAUUUUUAAAAUUAAAUUUUGAACCGAAAUUUCCUGAAAAUCGUCAAUUAUGCUGAACAAUUUUCUGAUUUUGACCGAAUUUUUCAGUUUUAAAUUCCCCUUUCUAUUUUGGAAACACGAUCUGAGCUUCUUCAAAAUUUGUAUUUUUCUCACAAAAACAUGGUGUUGUUCCUUCUGCUUCUAUCCCACCACCCACCAUUUCUUUCCUUUUUUUUUCUAUAUUUGCCUGUUUCGUCAUGUCCAAUAAAUUUUGAUUCACCAAAACAAAAAUGAUUUGGCGCGGGCGCCUUUCUUCUCUCUUCUCCUCUCUUUUUUCCAUCUUCAUGUUCCCUCGUUUUGUGUUUUUUAUUUUCAAUAAUUUGUUCACAUUGAACUAGUUCGUUUGUUCCAACCCGAAAAUAAUUAGAAUUGGACACGCACACACAAAAAACAAUAAGUAUUGGGUUUUUUUCAUCCAUUCAUCCUUCAUUUCUUCUUGUUCAUAUGAGAAUAUAAUAUAAUAUUUUAUGAAUGAAUGAGGGCAGACCGCUUUGUGAUUCAUACCCCCAUUCUAGUCGAUGCUUUUUCGCUCUUUUUUUGGGGUGGUUUUGAACUUUUUACUAACUUGGGUCGAUGUGUCUUAACUUGCCAGAUUUGAUAGAAUAUGAUGUUACUAGGGUAUUUUUGUAUGAACGUUUUCUCUGAAUUGAGUCAAUCUUUGUAAAAUAUCAGAGUUAUUUUUGAGAUGGCUCUGAACUUGAGACUAACCCGAGCCAACAUUGCUCAACCUGCCAGAUAGGUGCGCUCACCGUUUCAGUGUUUCUCCCCACGAAUCCUGUGGGCCUCGAACUUUUGACUAACUGAAGUCAAUAUUGCUCAUCUUGCCAGAUUGGACUUCUUUCCGCUAAUCUAUCGAACUUCAGCUUGGUCAAUUUAUGGCUAAUUGAUUUUUCAUCAAAUUAAAAAGAAGCCACGUGGAAUUUAUAGCCUAGUUUCCAUUACAUAGCUGUUUUCGUCACUUUCCGCAGUUCUCUCAAAUUUUCCAAAAUUCUCACACACUUUUUGUUAUUUUCUUCACCCUAAUAUUAGUACAGUGGCCAAAAUAAAUAUGAUUAUCGACUUCUCGCUUUUGUUUUGCCUUUUCGAUUCUGUAGGCAUAUCAUCUUCUUUUUUUCCUCGAUUCAUUUCCGCCGAAAUCAAUUUGCAACAUUUUUUUUGCCACCUUGAACUGUUAUUUUUUUCUUCGACCUGAGAAUUCUUAUACGCCCUCAUUUUUUUCGUCUUUUUUCUGAGCCAAAUCACAAAUAUUAGGCUGCUCUAAAAAAGUUAUCGAUUUUGGUAUUUAUUUGAUCGCUGGCUCUCUUGCCGCAGUAAAAAAAGAACUGUUGAAAUAGUUCUCUUUUUUCGUUUCGUUCGCACGGUUAAAUGAUUUGUUGACCACGCCCCCUUUUUCCCUAUGUGUGUGUUUUUUCUAUUUGGUUAUCAACACAGUUUUUUGUUUGCAAUUUUUUCUUCUGCUGUUCUAUUCUGGUCUGUUUUGUUAUUUUUUUUGUCACAUUUUUGGAAUGGCUGAUUAUUUUGAAUAUUAUCCGAUUGUUUUUCGACUAUUGUUACAAUCGGAAUUUUUUGUUGAAAUUGGGAAGCGGAGGAAGAGAAGGAGACGAAGGAAACGUGAGUUUGGAGGCAGUUUUUCGACUUUGUGGAUUACUGAAAAACGACUGAACCUAAAAUAAUGAACAAGGGCCGAAUUCGGCCCCAGAUUCUCGUGAAUUUUUAUAUUUGAAACCAUCAUUUUUGUCCGAAACUGUAUAUUUUUCCAAAUUCGUCUAUUUAUUUUUCGAUUUUUUUCCAAUAUUCCCCAUAGGGAAUAUCGAUUUUGCACCCGUGUGAAAUGUGUUGUUAUCUAUCAAUACAAUUUGAAUUGAUGUGUUUGUUUAACUGUUUCGAAAUUGGGGAAAUUUUGCACUUUCUUCGUGUUUUUCGUCUGUUUUGCUUUAAUCGAUAUGAUUUACGACGUGGAAAAUUUAGUUUUUGGAAGCUCGUUGAGAUUUGGAGCAUUUUGGUAUCUCAUGAGCGUCGAGAUUUUGCCACGUCACCUAAAAAUCUAGAUUUUCAAACUUUGCCACGUCAUAUCUUGGUUCCAUUCAUACUUACGCUAACUAGAAUAUUUUCCACCAAUAUUCUCAGAAAAUCUACAAAUCUUCUUAAAAAUCAGAUUAUUUUCUAUUUUUCUGUUCCCAAGAAAAAAAAAUCAAAAAUGAAAAUCUGAAAAUCUUCCCCCAGUAGUAAUAAAUAUUUAUAGAUUUGCCUGUUGUUUUCUUUUUCUUCUCUCUUUUUCCACAUGUGUGUUUUUUUUUUUGGCUGAAAAUUGAAGAGGGAUAUGAAAAUGAGAAGAACGAAGAAUUGAUUUUGUUUAUUUUUCUGAUUUGAUCAAAAAUCUGCUAGGAUACAUACUUGAGAUAGUUUCUUUACAAACAUUGAUGCGGGUUUUAUUUUUUUAUUUUUGGAAAAAAAAGUUGAGCUUCUUCUUUUUUUUGAUUUGGCUUAUUUUGUAAGAGGAUGAGAAUUUUGGUUAUUUUUUUUUGCUCAUUACUGUUUUUUUGAAGAGUUGAAGAAAUAUUCUUAUUUGAAUUUUUGGACUAAAAGUUUCGCGGACCUAGGAAACAUUGAAGGAUUUUCAAGUUUUCCUAAUUUUUUUCCUGGAAAGUUUAUUUCUGGCUUGAAAAUUUGAACUUUCUGAAACGGAAAAUCUGAAAUUUUAGUGAAGUUCUAUGUUCAGAAGCUUGAUCUCUUCCGAAAUAUUUGCAAAACAAGCAGCAUUUCCAAUAAAAAUCAAAAUCAGCUUGACUCAUUUUGUUUUUUCCUCCUCAUUUUUCUUCUAUCAUUUAUUUGAUGGUGCCUUCUUCUUCUUCCUUCAAUUUUAUUACCUAAGUUUUUUGUCAGUCUAUUGUUCAUCUCCUCAUUUUUUUGCCAAUUUCAAACGCAUCAUCUUUUUUCUCUCCUUCAUCAAGAAGACAACAGUUGUUCUUUGCUUCGCUUCAAAAAAGACAGAAACAGAACAAGAAGAAGCCUAGUGUGUGUUUUUUUCCAGAGAUUUUUUUUUCAUUUUCUCUUUGGUCGAGUUUGUUUCCCGCCGACAAGCUUUGCACACAUUAAUCAAACCGCCUCCCCGACUUUGCCUCAUCGUUUUGCCUUCUUUUAUCUUUCAUGCUUCAUUUCUUGAUUUUUGGCUAUUUUUAGAAUUUCAGAAGGUUUUUUUGGAAAAAUUUUGAAUUUCGGAUCAUUUCGAUUCUUUCUGGUUCAAUAGUUACAGGAACCUUUUUAUUUUGCACCAAUUUAUUUUUUGAAUUCCAUUUUGAAGUUCCGAUUCAGAGGACCACUUUUAAAAGUUUGAAAAAGUUGUUGUAUUUAUUUUCCUAUUUUUUUCAACAAUUUUUAUAUAAUGACCAAUUUUCCUCCCUCCUUCCCUCGUUUUUCUCCUCUUUCCAACACUACAAAACAAUUUUUAACAUGAAAAUAUAUAAAAAUUGACUGAAUGAAUUCUUAUAAACAUUUUAUUUUUUUUCCUCAAUUUUUUGUCUCUAUCGAAACACCCACUAAUACCGAUUUUGUUGCAUAAAAUUUGAAUAAAAUUGGCAUUUUUUAUCAACUCGCACAUUUUCAUACAUUUUUUAUCAUAACUGAUUUUUUUGCUGAAUGAAAAUGAAAAAAUUUGCGAGUUUUGUAUCACUAGUUAUUCGUAACAAAGGGAAGAUUUUUGAAUAUUUUUCAAAGAAAUUUUGAAUGAAAAAAAUUUUUUUUUUCCAGGAGGAACACGACGGAAAUCAGACGAAGAAGAGUGUGGUGAAUCGACUGAUUCGAAUCAGAAUAAUGGUGAGUACUUUUUGGGAGUGUGGGGAAAUUUGGGGGAAAUCAUGGCUAUGCUGGUCCAGAAAAAUCUUGGAGAAAUCUGAUUCUAGCAGUUAGAUCUCUGAAAAUUUCCAACUGGAAGUUAGGUAAUUUGGAAAUCUGAAAUCUAGAGAAAUCUGAAACUGAGAUUGAUUUUUCUGAUUUUAUGAACUUAGAUCGGAUAUUGAUGAGAUUCUGAUAUUUACUAGAAAAUAAAAUAAUAGGCUUGAAAUUCUAAUUCUAGAAUUCAGGUAGACCUUCUGAAUUAAAUUUUUUGUUUGAAACAUUUUGUAGCCCUAAUUUCUACAGUAAUCCGAAAUUCUACAGUAACAUAAUCCUAACUAACUACAUUGCAAAUAAUUUCCAAAUUUUAAUUUUUCUGGAAAUUUUCUUCAUCCUCCCCCUCUUCUUUUUUUCUUCUUCUCCAUAUUUUACCCAAAUUUUCAUUAGAUUCAUCUGAAGUGGAUACUUGAAAAUCAGAAGAAAAAUAAAGAAUAUGCAAGGUGUUAGAAGAAAAAGAAGAACCGGGUCUUUCUUGACAUGGUAACCUCCUUCUAAGUAUUCUUUCUUCUUCUUCUUCCUCUUGUGUUUAUUUAUGUCUAUAUUUGUUUUACUCAACUUUUUUAGAGUUGCUUGCUGUGUUUUUUAUUGAAUUGAUCAGAAAACAUGUGUUUUUGAUAUUUUUUGGCCAGAAAUUGAAGAAAAUCUGGUUUUUUGAGAGUUCUUUGAAGUCAAAUGACCUGAAAUUCAAAUAAUUUGAAGUUUUCCGAACUUCGAUGAAUAUUUUCUGUUUCUAGAAAUUGAUCUACCAAAGUUAUCCAAAUUUCCAUUUGAAAAUUUUCUCACCAAAAUUUGUAAGUCGAGAAAAAUAAUUAUAGAUUUCUCGUUUUUCCCACACAAAUUUAGGUUGUCCUUCAAUGCUUAUUAUAACUAAUUCUUUUGUUUUUCCUCUUCCUCUUCAUUUUCAUCUUCUUUUCAUUUUAAAUUUCCAUUUCUCAUUUUCAAAAUAUUUGUCUCCCUGGAAUAUCUAUUGUCUUUUGUUUGAAUCAUAGAAAUUCCCACGAUGACUAACUUUUUGGCUUUUUGUGUCUGACCAACACGAAAAUCAUUGGGACAGAUGGCUUUUUGGAUUGUUUUGGGUUGCAAAAUGUGAUAGCGGAUAAUUGAAUAGUGUCAUAUGUCUGUGUUUGGUUGAGUUGACAAAUUUUUUUGCUGAUGAAUUUAUUAUGCGUUUUGGCAGAUGUAUUGUGGGCUUUUUGUUUUGUUUUCUGGGAUGACCUAAUUAGCACCCUUAAUUUUUUUUUAUUUUUGGAAAAGUAUUAGCUUUGGGAAUUUUUUAUCUAAAAAACAGACUUGGAAUUUAAUUUCUGAUUGAUUUUUGAAAAAUUAUUAUUUUUUUCCCCGGUGAUUUUUCGCCACAUUUUUAUCGUAUACUAAAUUCCCAAACCUAAACCCGACAAAACGGAUUUUAUCUCCGCUGGAAGGACAAAAUGUGUUGCGAAAAAUAUUUCUCGUCGUUUCGCAACAUUAUUUUUUUUUACAUCUGAUGAAAGAAAGGAAUUUGUGUUUUUUUGUAAUUUUUAAAGGAACAUGGUGAAAAAUCGUGACAAGACCCAAAUCUAAAAUUGAAAAAAUUAUCCAUGAUCCUUUGAAAUUUAAAGGCAGGUCUUGUCACGAUUUUUUUCAAAGUGCAUUCAUUUAUGAAUAAAAUCGUGGCGGGACCCAGAGAAUUUAAAGGAUCAUGGAUUUUUUUCAAGUUGUGGGUCUCACAGCGAUUAAUUUUUAAAUGAGAUCAAACUAUACUAGAGAAUACCAUUCCAUAAAAUAAAUACCAUAUUUCAAAAAAAUCGUUGUGAGACCCAGGAUUCAAAACUUACUGCGCCUUUAAUUUUUCUGUCCAUUUGCCGCCAGAAAAUUUAAAGGAACAUUUUUCAAAUAUCCAAUUUUCUCAUUAUUUUUUUCCAUAAAUAUUUCCCUGUGUCGCCCUGAUGAAUAGUUCAAGUCAACACGCAAUUUUAUUAAAAUUGUUUGUUAUUCUCGAAUAUUUGAGUGUAUUUUUGCUGCUUCCAUGACAUCAUAAUUUUCAAAUAUUUUCUAUGAAUUUUUAUAAGUUUUGCUGCUUCUGCCCACUUUUUUUCCGGUGAAAUUUGAGAUUUUUGUAGUCCUCAUUAAUCAUUCGAUUUGACUUUCUCCUUCUUUUUCUCUUUUUUCUUCCAAAUGAUAAUUGUUUUUAUACCAAAAAUCGAGAAAUGUUCAUCUUUUUUCGCCUUUUUUCUCUUCACAUUCUCAUUUUCCCCUAAUCGAUUUUCUACAACAAGCCGACAAAGGUUAAUUGUCCAGUUCUGUUUGUUGCAUUUUCUUAAACUUCUCUUUCUUUCUAUUUUUUGCGCGCAACCAACCCUUUCGGGUUUUUAAGUGUCAGAAAAAAUGAUGGACGGGUUUUCCUGAGAGGAUUUUUUGUUUCAAAACACAACUUUGGAAAAAUUUUGGAGUUGGGAAAGUAAUUUGAUAUGGGUUUUGAGUUAUUUUGUUUCGCUGGAUUUUUUUUUAUUGAAAAAAAUAAUUUUUUAGGUUCAGGUUUAGAAUUUUUGAAAAAAUUGAGUCAAAGUGAGAGUUUUCUCGAAAUUAAGAUGGUCCGAAAUUUGUGGAACCUUUUUGGUACCAUACCAUGAAAAUCAGGAUUUCUAAAUCUUAAGCAAAUUAAGAUCGUACGAAUUUUUUUCUGAAAACCCUAGAAAAUUUUGAACAGGCUUUUGGAACUUUUACGAUAUUUUCCAGAAAAUUGGUCCAAUUUUCGAAACUCACUAGAUUUCCGUGGAUUUUAAAAAUUCAUUAAUUCAUUAAUUUCCCACCUUCUGUUCCCAUUUGAAAAAUGUUGGACACAAAACAAAAUGCAUGUAUGUUUUGUCCUCUUUUCUCUUCUUCUUUUUUUGCUCGAUUUUUCCAUUCAUUUUGGUGUCGAAUUUCGGUCGUGUUGCUGUUUAGUAGAAAAACGAAGAAGAAGAAGAAAUUUGACUAUUUGAAAAUGAUUUCUUGUUUUGUUUUUUUGGAGAAUCUAGUUUUUUGGUUUGAAAUUCUAGCUCAAAACACUGUGGGUUUCAUGAGAAAAUAAUUUAUUUCGAAAAAAAGAUUCGUGCCUAAUUCAACAGAUGUGCUCCGGAACUUUUUUCGAGCAAACUUGAGAGGAAUUUUGAGCACUGAAACAUUGUUUUAAAAUUAAUUUUGCCUUUUUAAAGGCUCAAAAUUCUCAUUGGAAAACCAACUUUAAUUUUGAAAAGCUGAAAAUUUAAAUUCUUGCGCAUUAAUCCACCCCAAAUUCCCAAAUUCUAGCAAAAAUUGACCAUUCCUCAUAUUUUUCAUCCUUUAUUUGGCCACCGAAAUUAUUGUAUAUCUAACCUGAACAAAUACUUCCUGUUUCCAUAUGUGGUUUUUUUUGUUUUCGCAUUUACCAAGAAUCUUUUUUUUCCUCCUCAUAUGUAAUUAGUUUUGAUCCACCAGCUAUAUAUUUAUAUUUAUAUAUAUAUAUUAGAAUAAUUAGUUGUUUUUCAUAAUUUAUAUCUCGUCGCCCUUCAGAAAAGGAAGAAGGGUUUUUCGCUCACCCGCUCGCAAUUAUGUGGUCGGUCCUCCUGAAAAAGGCAGGUGUCUGUCGAUAAAUGCUGCUUCGCCACCCCCCAACAAAUAUGUUUUUGGCUCGUUACCUGCCUUCUGCUCCUGCCUGCCUGGUCACUAUUUUAUUUUUCAUAUUUUAUUCGCACCUCUUCCAUAUUUUUAUGAGCGAAUUUUAAAUGCGUUUUGGUUUUGACACCCUUUUUGGGGGGGGGGGAUUUUUAGAGAAACUGGGAAAAAGUGUAGUUUUUUCUAGAAAAAGUGAAUUUUGCAGAUUUUUGAGUUGGAAUUCUAAAGAUAUUUUCAUCUGAAAUUGUCUUAAAAAUUGCAGGCUCAAAGCAAGGUUUGAAAAUUUCUGGGUUUUUGAAACCAGAAUUUUCGGACUGAAAUUAGAAUCUGGGAUCUAGAUUUAUCAGCCUGAAAUUGCAUGUUGAACUUUUCCAAACCCUCGGAUUUUUUGGUGUUUUUCUGAAAAAAAAUAGAAAUUUAGAAAUUUUCUAGAUUUCGAAGUAUAACUAUUGCUCAGAAGCUCAUUAUUUUCACAAAUUUUUUGGAGUCUUGAAUAUCUAGACUUUUAAAAAAUCCUAGGGAAUUAAAAUUCUGAAAAGUCCUCUGAAUUUAUCUCCCAAUUUUUUGACACAAACUCGACCAAUUUACAUUUCAAAAAAAAUUCUGACAUUUAUUUGCCAACAACCUUUUAUUCAUUUAAUUAUUCCCAUUUUUUUGUUGCUCUCACCUGUCCUUUUUUUUCUUCUCUGAACCAACCAAAUUGUCAAAUUCUCAUGACCUUUUCCCAUUUUUUUUUCAAUACAAAUAUUCAAAUAUUCUUCGUCUUCCCCCUAUUUUUUUCAUCAUCAAUUAUUGGAAGUGUGUAUAAAUUAUGCAAAGUAUCUAGUUGAAUUCAUUCUUCUCCUUCUUCGUCUUCUUUUUAUCAGAAUUCUUGAUCUUCUUCUCUUGUUUUCUCUUUAUUUUUAUAUUCUUUUACAUUCGAUUUGUAAAACAACAUAAUAGGCGAAUCAUCAAAUGGGACUAAUUAUUACACACUACAAUUUUUUUUUGUGAUUUUUACAAAAGUUUUUGUCUGAAAUUGACUGAAAAAGGCUUGUUAAUUUGAAAAAAAAACUGAAUUUUCAAACCUGUAAGCUUCUAUGAAAUUAUUAUUUGAUUUUUGCAGCUGAAGAGAUGAAAAUGAUACGUCGUGCUCGUCCAAAAUCCUAUGUUCUUGCCACGUCGACUUCGAUGAAUGAUGAAGCGAUGAGUGGGAAUCUGAAUGAGCGUGAGUUUUUUUGGGAUUCUACAAGAUUUAUACAAUUGAAUUAUAAAAUUUCAAUAAUUUUUCACAAUUUUUUCAAAUAAACAACUAUUUUGAAACGUAUAUAAGCUUAUUAAUAAAAUACACUAUUUUUUCAGAAAAUAAUUUUUUGUGGGAAAAUUUAAAUCAGGAUUUUUCGAAGCUUUUGGGUUUUUUUUUGAAUAGAUAGAUUUUUCGACGAAAAUUCAUUGAACAAAAAUUUUGGCAGAAAAUUGUUCAAUUUCACGGUAUUUUGUAAUUUGUAGCUAGAUUCCCAAGUCUCUGGAAUAUUUUCUGAUCUUUGAAAUUAUCAUAAAAAAUUUGAAUUUUUUCGACAGUAAUAAAAUAAUGUUUCAUUUCAAAAAUUUCAAUUUUUUUCGUUUCACUGAUAAGAAAUUUAUCUAAAAACAUUAUAUUUAUUUAUUAUUAUUUGCAGAUUUUUUCUUGCAAAACUCGCCCACUCAUUUCAUUCAUUUACAGUAACCUUUUAUUAUCCCCCAUUUCAAAAGUACUGUAUUUUUAUGGAUGCUUUUAGCCUAAAAGGUUUUAGGGGUUGGGUUUUUAGAUGAUUUCAAAAUCUAUUUUUGAAUUCUACCAUCACAUUUCAAAAUUCAUUUUGGGUUGAGAUUCUCAACUUGAGAAAACUGGUUUCGAAAUAAUAUGUUGUUUGAUUAGGUUUUUUUGUUGUUGAAAAAAUUUUGACAUGGGAAAUUAUUUUCCUGAAAGGUUGUAGUUUUUUCACAAAAAAAUGUGUUUUUCUGCAAUAAUAGCAUUUUUUGAAUUUGUUGUUCUGCUGAAAAAUAAUGACUUUUAUAUUGGAAAAAAAAUUUUUUUUUUGUUCUAGAAAUCUUUGGCAUAAUUUUGAAAAAUCCAAAAUUUGCUUUAAAUUUAGAAAAUCUAGGUGUUUUUUUAUCAAAGCUCGAAAAUUGCUGAAAAAACGUUGGCUAGAAAUUCCAAAACCAAAAAAAAUCUAUGUUUUCUUUGCAGCCUCCUCAUCAAUUUCACACGACGACACAACAAGUGGACGAGAAUUGCCAUCAUCUUUAAUGGGUUCAACAUCUUCAAUGGAUCAUAAUCGAUCAAUAAAUAAUGAUCCAAAACAGCAGCAACAUACAUCGCGAAGUUUGAAUGCACCACAUCCACCAGCAACACAUCGAUUACAAAGAUUUAUUGCAUUGUUUAAUUCGAAUGUGAGUGGGAUUUUGGGGGGAGGGUUUUUAGGGGAACAUUUUUCAGAUCAACUUAGAGCAUUAAAAAUAUGAACCCUAGAUUUUGACCCGAAAUUUUGGAUUUUCUUAGAAAUUUAAACAGUUCUUCAGAAUUUUAUAAGCUUUAAACAUCCAGAUUUCAGUUUUUUUCAAUUUAAAUCGAUUUCCUUCAUAUUUUUCUCGUUUUCAUUUCACCUGCUUCACUUCUAUUUUACUCAAUUUCAUUUUUUUUCGUGCAUUAUAAAUUAACGGAAAUUUGUUUUCGCCCCCUACUUUUCCCCCACCCAUUUUGUUGAAAAUAUAAAAAUAUUCAUUGUUUUCAAUAUUUUUUCUUUUUCUAGAAAUCACAAGAUGGAAAUGAGACGAAUAACAAAAAGUCGAGAAUGAAACGGUCGAGAACUUCGUUGCCUUCAAGUCGUUGCUCAUUGCCUGGAACUAUUUUGCCGAGAGAAUUGGUUGAUCGACAGACUUGGAUCAAACAUCAGGUGAGCAUUUUUGGGGAUAAAUUAGAAGCUUUUUGGAUUUGUAGACAGAGAAACUGUUGAAUUUCUAUCGACAUCUAGUUUCUGUAAAUCUGAAGAGGCUGGAAAAAAAUUCAAAUCCAGAAACUUCAGUUUGAAUCUGACUUCUUUCUGAAUUUUCAAAAAAUAUUGUAUUCUUUUAAAAGAUUUUUUCUCGAUUUCUAACCGAGAUUUCAAAAAUUGAUCUACUGGGUCUUAUGAAAGGCCCGCAAUGUUUUGGUAGUCAUUGUUCUCUGACUUUUUUCUUAUCUUAUAUAACCCAUUGUCCCGACAUCUCACAGGUCUCGCCUAAUUGUAUUAAAAUAAUGAGCUGAUUGCACCAAGGUGUGAAAUGCACAUUUUUCCAGGAAAUUGCACUGGGAAAAUCUGGAAAACGGCAUCAUUGGGAAGAUCGAUGGGCAAUAAUGAGUCAGAAUACGUUGUAUCUUUGUAUAGAAGCACCAUCUUUUACUUCGGAAAAGGUAGAUUUUUUGGAAUUUUCUUGAUUUUUCGAAUUUUGCGCAUUUUUCAGACUGUCGAAUUGGGUUCACAUAAUCGGGUUGAUGUGAAAAAUUCGAUUGUUGAUAUUGCUUAUGAUUGGCUGUCGGCGACUUUUUCGAAACAGCGACAUGUUAUUCGAAUUGUGACACAAAAUCGAAGUGAACAUUUGAUUGAAUUGAACACGUGAGUUGGGAAAAUCUUUUUUUUUCUCAAAUUCAAAAGCUGAAAUAUGCUGGAUUCCAUAAUUGUAUUUAGUUUAUUUUUAAUUAAUUUCUAAAAUGAUUUUCUGUUUUUUUUUGCUGAAAAUAAAAUUCAGGGGUCAUGGUUUUUUCAUUGUUUUACAGUGUUAUUGUUGCAAUUUUUCUGGUGACACAAAAGUGUUUCCGGGAAAUUAGAAAUUGGAAACAGUUUAUUUUUUUAAAGAAGAAACCACCUUCUUUGCUCGAAAUUCUCCCGAGUUCCACAAAUUCCAAAAUUUAUUCGAUUUUUUCCAGUGAAUCUGAAAUGUUGUCAUGGAUUUCAAUACUUCAAUCGAAUUCCGAAGAUUUGUCAAUUUCUUCCACCACAAAUUCGCCUUCAAAAUCAGCAACAUCUUCACAAUCGAAUGCACAAAUUCAACAGAAUAAUAACAAUAAUUCGAAUAAUUUAUUACUUCAUAAUUCCAAUUCGGUGAGUCUUUUCUUCUUCUUCUAGUUUUUCCCCUUUUCUCAUCUCAUCUCAUUAUUUAGUUGUAGUUGUAGUAACUUUUGAUCCAUACUAUUUUUAGCUGCAACUAACGAACCCCUUUUUUUCCAAGAAUGGAAAAUUGAGAGGUUUUGGGGGAAUACGGUGGAUUUUUUGAUGUUGGCUAAUUAGUUUUUUCCAAGGGGUACUGUAAGAUUUUUGUUGCGAAUUUGGGAGGCUCAAUUUAGGCUGAAAGGGGGGUUUCGAAAGCUUUUUGAUUGAAAAAACUGAAAAUUUAUGAAAUUUUUAAAAAUGAUUUCUGGUAGAAAAAUUCAGUUCAAAAUUUUCGGACCAUAUGAAAAAUGUUAGAAUUUUCAAUUAACAAAUAAAUUGGGUCAAAUUUGAAUUAAGUCCAGAAUUUUAAGUAAUUUUUAGAAGUAAAAAAAUUGUUUUGAACACAAAUUUGACCUAAAUUCAGCUUUAAAAAAUUCAAGACAAAAUUUUUUUCUAAAUGAAAAUUUUCAGAAAUUUCAAGAAAAUAUUGAAUACUCGGUUUUCAGCUUGAAAAUCAAUAAUUUUCUAGAAUUGAUCAAAUUUCAGAAAAUUUUAUUUUUCAAUUUUCAUCUAAAAAAAACCUCCUAAAAAUUUAGUUUGUAAAGUCUGAGGCUCUGAAUUUGAUUUCAAAAUUCAAACGAAAAAAUAUUGUUCAAAAAAUCAGCAAAUUUUACAAAAUACCCCUAAAAUGUUCAAGUUUUCCCCAAAUUUUUUGCGUGUUCUUCUCAAAAAUUUUGCUCACAUUUUCGCAUUUCUCCAUUUUCAUUGUGUGUCCUCCAAAAACAAACUCAUCUAAAUUUGUCUCGAACUCGCUUCUUCCUUCCUUCCUUCCUGUGUGCUCUUUUUUCUUCGGCUCUUCUUUUUUCUUCUUCCCGAUAUCUUCUGUUUUUCUUUCUUUUUUCUUGUCAAUAUAUAUAUAUAUAUAUAUAUUCUUUCUUUAGUCAAACGGAUUAAGUUAGUCUAUCUUCUUCUUUUUCUUCUUCUUCUUCUUGUUUUUCGUUUUGGGACCCCAAGGAAACCCUUUUUAAUUAAUUCCUUGUUGUUUUUUUUUUCGAAAAACACACGUCAUUUUGUCACUUUUUGGUCCCAGCCAAAACUAGAGAAAAGAAAUUAAAUUUGGUUUUUUCCGCUGAUUUCUCUCUUUCUUUUUUCUCGUAUUCUUUUUUUGUUGUUUUGACCGCCCGUAUCGAAUUACCAAGAGCCCCCGAGAAUUUGUUAUUUGGAUCUACUAUUUUCUGGCAGCACACAUAUUUUUUGUUCUAUUUUUUGUGGAAAACUGGAAAUUUAGAGCUGAAACUAGAUUUUUUGUUAUUUUUGGGCUGAAAUUUCUAGACAGAUUUUCAAGCUUAAAUAUUUCUGAAAAUUUUGCUCAAGUUUUUCAGCUUAAUUUAUUUAGGUUUUGAAAAAAAGUUCGGAAAAUUUGGAAUUGUUAUUAAGAUUUUCAGCUAAAAAAUUGAGUUUUUUGAAAAUUCUGACAUUUUUCUGAUUGUCCGAAGUUCUGAGAUGAAUUUUUUCUACCUGAAAAUUUCUAUUUGAUUUUUAAAAUUUCAUCUAGAAAAAUUUCAGAAAUUUUUUAAGUUAAUUUUGUUUGAAAAUUUCUAGACAGAUUUUCAAGCUGAAAAUUGGAAUUGCUCUGAAAUUUGAUCCUAAAUAUGUUAACUUCCAUUUUUAAAGCUGAAUUUUGUAGGUUUUGAAAAUUUAAAGUUUUCAAUAAAAUUUAUUGUUAGCCACAUUUAUUUUUUUAUUGAAAAUUCUGACAUUUUUCUGGGUUUCCUGAAUUUUUCCACCAAAAAAUCAUUUUUAAUUUUCAAAAAUUCCAUCUGAAUCUUGAAUUUUUCUCCAGAAUUUUCAAAAUUUCGACCCCUAAAUUGGCUCAUCUUUCUCUAGCUCCUAAAAAUAUGUUAUGAGCACUAAUGGCAGCUUUUCCUUCCGGUUGGUCACAAAAUCAUCGAGACAGAUUUUUGCUUCUCUAACACACACACACACAGAAAUAAAUAAAUAGAUAGAUAUAUUCUUCUUCGUUUUUUCACUCACUCACCCAUACAUACACAUACAUAUAUGUAUUUUUUCCGGCUCAUUGAUGAUUUGGCUGCUUGCCUGCUUCUCGUGCUCUUUUUGCUUCGCUUUGUCGUCGUCUUCGUCGCCCGUUUUUUUUUUCAUUUUUUCAUCAUCCCUUCUUCUUCCUUCUUGGUUUCUUUUUCGAGCCAUAGCAACCCGUCCUCCCUCGUAUUUUUUCUAUUUAGUUAGAAGAAGCAAAAAAAAAACGAGGCACUCUCAUCUUCUUCUUUCCUUCAUUAUGUAUACCAAUUUCCGGUCCGGUUGAUGAAGUUCUCCCUCUUUUUUUGCCUUUUUCGAUGAGAAAAACACGUGAUUCUUCUGUUUUUUUGGGAAAAACAUGAAAAUUUGCGCGGGGAUUGAACCCUGGGAUUUUUGGGCGAGAGACUAACAGCUUACCGGCUGCGCCAUCCGGGAUAUUUUAAAAAAUUAGCGGUUAGGAGAACUCGAACUCUGGACCUGUUCAGCGGAAAUCUGGAAGCUAACCGGCUGAGCCAAACCUGAUUAGCGCCCAGGAGAACUCGAACCCUAGCCCCUCUGAACAGAAGUCUAGCCUCUUACCAGCUGCGCCAUGCAGAAAAAUUGAAAUCCGGGAAAACUCGAACCCUGGAUAUUUUUCAGCCUGAACCAGACUUUAGUAUGAGCAAUGUCUAAGAUUACUGUAGGCGAGCCUUUGGAACAAUUUUUUGAACCAGCUUGAAAAUAUUUAGAUAAUAUGAGCAAUCCUCAAGAUUACUGUACCCGUCGAGCCCCUGUUUUUUGUUUUUCAAAUUUUGGAACUUGGUUCUCGAUGAAAUUUGAUUUUCACUUUUUUUUCUGAAUUGUAACUUCCUUGAAGAGCUAGAUUUUAGGCUGAAAAAUUUCUAAUAAUAUUUUUUUCUUUGGGAUUUCCCUCAUUUUUCAAGAACAUAUCGAAUGUUUUCCGAUGUCAUUCUCUUUUUUUUCUCAAUUCUACAGUUGUCUCAUUCUCAUUCUCAUUUUUGUGUUUGUGUUUGUACAAACAUUCCUCCUCAUUUUCCGUCCGUCGAUCGUCUACAAUUUCACAUUUUUAUGAAUGGAAAUGAGUGAAUAGAGGAGCGAAAGAGUGAAUGAAAUGCAAUUGCAAUUGAAUUGUGAAUGCAAAAACAGGUAGUUGUAGCAACAUGACAAUUUUCAAGGACGUGAUCUGUUUUCCAUCAACUCCCCUCUUCCUUUUUUUCCUGUCUGUUUGUCUGUUUUUGGCGCAUUUUUGAACAAUAAUUACUUUGGGUUGAAUGAAUCGGUUAAGUGCGACCAUCGAAUUUUGAAGGUUAUUUUUCAUAGCGCAAAAAAUUGGUUACCGCUAGGCUUGAAUUUCAGGAUGUCUGUAUUUUUGUCCGAAAAAUUGUCCAAAAAAUCUAGUAGGAUUUUUUACAGUAUUCCAAUUCUGAUAACCGAAAAAAUUCAGAAUAUACUGAUUUUUUCUGAACAUCUUAGUUACUAGACGAAGUUUUUGAAUUCCUGUUUGCCUGAAAAUCCAUGUGGAUAAAUUUUGAAUCGGACCAUAUUCGAAUUUUUGAGAUCUUGACCUGGAAAUUUUACGUUUCAAUUUUUGAUGAUAACAAUUUCUGGCUUUGAAAAUGUUGAUAUCAGACCAUCUGUUAUUUUCACGAAUCUCCAGAUCUUCAGCCACAAAAGGUAGUUCAAGAUUUCUGAGCCGGAUUCAGAAUUUUUCGAAAUCCCCCCCCCCCUGGAUAUAUGUUCUCUAUUUGAUCAGUUGUUCAACUUUCGCAAACUCUUUCGUUUUUUUUUCACUAUAUAUAAUUAUUUAUAUAAUUUUUCCAUUUUUCCCCCCAUUUUUUCAUCCAUUUCGCCCACUCAAUUCUCCUUCUUCUCUCCAUUUUUUCCCCUUUUCCGAAACUAAUGACUAUAUACAUAAUUAUUACUAUACUUAGUCUUAUGAUCCCCCCCCCCCUUCUUCGCUUCUUUUUUUCUCAUUCUUGUUUUAUUUUUCUAGAUUGCUUCAUUGGCAUCGUCGUCAUGUUCAACGACAACAUCUGAAUUGAUUCAGCAGCACCAUCAACCGAAUUCAAAUUGUUCGACAAGUGGAAAUGAGAAUAACAUAGGUGCCAAUAAUCGAAGUGCAACGAAAUAUAAUCAAUUUUUGGCAGCCGCUAAUAGUAAUCGUGAGUUUUUUUGAAGGGAGGGGGAGAGAUUUUGAAGGGGGUUCUGGAUUUUCCGGGAUUCUGGAUUUUGUAGAAGUCUCAGAAUUGAAAAAUCUGGGAAUUUUUAGAAGAAGUUUGUAGAGGCCAAGGAAAUCUGAUUUUUUUUUAGGUUCUCUGGGUUUUCUAAUGAGUUUUCCUGAAUUUUUAGACAAUUUUUUCACUGCUUCAAAAAUUCCAAAGAAAAUUUAAAUAUUAUGAGUUUUUAAGGCUCCUAGAGGAUUUAGUGAAUAUUUUCUUCAAUUUCUAGGUUUUCUUAGGACCCAACUUGAUUUUGAGGGCUUUUUCUUUUUAUGUUUAGCUCCAGAAGCUCACGACCACUAAAAAUUUAAAAAAAAAUCUCGAUUUUUUUCAGAAAUUCCACAAUCGAAAAGUUUUGGCGGACUAUCAUCAAAUUCAACAUCUACAGAAAGUGCAAAAAAUCAGCUGAUUAUGCAUAGGUUAGUUCGGGGAUUUUUCUCCCAGUUUUUCCCCCCUACACACUUGAAAAAUUACUGACACAUACAUGCAUUCACACACACAUUUUUUCGCCAUUUUUUUCUGUUUAUAAUUGAAUUUUUGCGUGUUUUUUCAUGCUUAUUUCAUAUUUUUAUUUAUUUUUUGGUUAGCCAAUUUUUUUUUCGUGUGUGUCUCGAAUAAUCUAUAAUCGUGAGAACGCAUUUUUUUCUUCUUCUUUCGUAGUUUUGUUCUACUUGGUUGAUUUUUAUAGGUUUUUUGGCUGAAAAUGACUGAAAAUAGGUAUUUUCUAGGAUUUCUAGCUGAAAAUUGAGCUUAAAAUCAGCUUAAGAGGUUUUUUUACCUGAAAAAUAGCUAGGAAAAUUACUGGGCUUUUAUUUUUCUAGUUCUGAAAUUUUUCUGAAAGUCUGAAAUUGUCCAUAGAAAUUAAUGUUAUCUCUUCAAAUUUCAGGCGAACUUUUUUUGUCUGAAAAUAUUGGAACUUAAUUUUUUGCCAAAGAACCUGGUGUCCAGUCAUUCAGUCAUUCAUUAAAAUUGGUGUCCAGUCAUUCAUUAAAAAUUUUUCGGAAAAAUUUAGAUAUAAUGAUUUUGAAACGUAUCAUUCUUGGGUUUUGAAGAAUCAGAAUUUUUAUUUUUUACUAGCUCAAUUUUGAACAAGAGUUAUGACGUGGCAAAAAUUGAAAGAAAAAGGUAGGUGAACUUCUCUACUCUACUCUGCCGAAAUUAAUAUUCAAUGAUUGAAAGUAUUGCCACGUCAUAACUCAUUUGAAAAAAAAAUUCCCUACAUGAUUUUUGAGCCCCUGACACUUUUUCUGUUUUCUUUUUCUCUGAAAAUUAUUCAAGCACCAACUUUUUUUCUUCUUCUUUUUCGUGUCUCAUUUCCAUUUUUCUCCUCUCUGCUCUCUUUUUUUCUUUCUCUCUUGAAAAAUUGUUGUUUUUUUUUGCUGAAUUUUUAUUAGUUGUUGUUUUCAUUCCACUUUUUCUAGUUGUUUUUCUUUGUUUAUAGUUUGGUUCUGGAAAUUUUUUUCACUGUUUCAAAAUUUGAGAAUUUUUGGGACUUUUUCUGGAGCCUCUAUAGUAAUCUGAACCAAGUACGGUAUAUCCUCUGCGUCUCUAACCUUGUGUCAAGACUAUCCAGAGAAACAAAGUCAAUCUGUGGGUCUCGCACCGAAAAACACCGUACUUUCUCGCCAAGAUUUUUUGGUUUCAAUAAUUCCAUUUUUGUUUGUUUGUAUGUAGUUUGUUCAUCAUCAUCACCAAUUUCUUCUUCGUAUUUUUUUCUUCGUUUCCUUGUAGCAGCUCUGUGCUUGCUCUCCUCAAUAACAAAUUCGAUUCAAAUCGACACACAACGUCUUCUUCUUCGUUUUUUUUCUUCGGAGCUCGAGGCGCCGUUUCUUUCUUUUUUUUCUGUCGUCUUCCUCUUCUUUUUUCUUUUUUUCUUCAUUUUUUUCGUUAGUUUUAGUCUUCUUGUUUUCUCUGAUUCUCGCGAAUUUUUGAAAUGAAUUUGGCGAUUUUUUGAACCUAAAUAUGGGGAGUUAGGAUAAGUCGCAAGAAUUUUAUCCCGAUUUUUCAGCUGGAAUUAAAUUUUGAAACCCAAAAUUCGACACGUGGAUUUUUUUCAAGUUUAAAAUGAAGUCAAUAAAAUUUCGAAAAUCAGAAUUUAUUUAGGGAUUUUUUGAAACAGUGAAUUUUUCCCAUGAAAAUAUGAAAAUUAGAUUAUUAACCAGAAAUUUUUCGGAAAAUUUGAAAAAUCCCUGUUUUCCCUUUUCUUAAGAAAAAAGUUCACUGUUUUUUUUUCUUUUUUUUCUUUGAAAAAAGUAACUCAAAUUACAUUGAGAACGAAGAAAAAAAACUCAAUUUUGUCUCUUUUUUUUCUUUAUUUAUUCUCUUUCCAUCUUUUUUUGUGUGUUUGUGUGCUCCCCACAAAAAAAAGACGAAAACAAGGAUUUUUUGACCGGAAAAUCGCAAUUUUUAUUCACAAAAUAUAAUAUUGGUGGUGUUGUUGUUGUUUUUUUUUGCUGGGAGAAGAAGAGGAAUUUUUGAUAUACGAAUUUAUUCUAUUUUUGCUCUAGAGAUGUUUUUUGGGAAAUGUUAUUUGAUUUUUUAAAUUUGACCUGCCACGUGGAUUUUUUAGCAAACAUUUUUGGAAAUUUUGAGUAAUUUUUGACUGAAAAUCUCUAAUAUUUCUGAAAUUAACCUGAAAUCUCAUCUCAUUUUAUUCCAGAUACAUUGCCAAAAAUUCUCAACUUCAAUCACCAACGGCCAACAAAAAAAUGGAAGUUGGUGCGACAAAUUCGACGCCUCCAGCAUUUUCCGCCACUUGCGCCUCACAAGCUGGAACAUCGAAAGAUGCGGCUGAAAAUGGCGGCGAAUCGACGACACCAAAAUCGGGAAGAAAAUGGAAGAAGUCGAAAGCGGCGAAACAAGGAAGUGGAAAUGAUUUGGCAUUGGGUGCAAAUCAAACACCGCAACCGGUUUUAGGUAGGGAUUUUUGGGGAAAAAAUUCAGAUUAAGAAAUUUUCGAUGGUUUUCAAUUCAGAAAUAUCAGAUUUUACCUUUGUCAUAUUGAAAAUUACAUUAUCUGCAAUAAUUUUAGCAGAAUUAUUCUCAAAAAAAGUUUUUUUUAAUUCAAAAAUUAAAAAAAAACCAUUAAAAAUGCUUGAUUUCAGGUGUUAAAUUGGCUGAUUGUCCGAUCGGAACAUCGGAAGAACACGUUCCGAUGAUUGUGCAAAUUUGUGUGUCUGUAGUUCAGACGCAUGGAAUGGAUACGGUUGGAAUCUAUCGAAUUCCCGGAAAUACGGCGGCUGUAAAUGCGUUGAGGGAUUCGUUGUCGAAUCGAGGAUUGGAUAAUGUCAAUCCGCAAAAUGUGAGUUUCUUUGGGGGGGGGGGGAGAUUUGAUUUGGCUGAAAAAUCUGAAAAAUAUCUCAUUUAUGAAUCGAAUUUCGUUUUUUUUUUGUUCAAAAAAUUGGAUUUCUUAUGAAAUUUCGAAAAUAUUGAUUUUUUUUUGUCAGAUGUUUCAGAAAAUUCUAAAAAUUGUUUAAAUUUCCUCUGAAAAUUACAAUUUGUGUGCUCAAAACUUCUAAAAUUCGGGUAUAUUUUUUUUUGCUCCAAAAUUCAGAUUUUUGUGAAACGAAAGCCUCGAAAAAUUCCGAAAUUCCUUUUUUUUUGUUCAAAAAAGUAGGAUUUCUCGUGAAUUUUCGAAAAUUUUUGUUUUUUCUGAAAAAAACUUCAAAUUUCCCCCUCUGAACUUUAUCGUUCACAUUUAUUUCGUUUCAGGUCGAAGCCCUCGAUCCCCGUUGGCGUGACGUAAAUGUUGUAUCAUCACUUCUCAAAAUGUUCCUUCGAAAAUUGCCCGAACCUCUUUUGACCGAUAAAUUAUAUCCAUUUUUCAUUGAUGCCAAUCGAAUAGCAACACAUCAUAAUCGACUUCAUAAACUCAGGAAUUUGUUGCGAAAACUUCCUCGACCACAUUAUGAAACUCUUCGAUUCUUGAUUCUUCAUCUAGCUGAUGUCACAAAACACAGUGAUGUGAAUAAAAUGGAAUGUCGCAAUUUGGCAUUGAUGUUUGGACCGUCGAUUGUGAGACCGUCGGAUGAUAAUAUGGCAACGAUGGUGACGCAUAUGAGUGAUCAAUGUAAAAUUAUUGAGACAUUGAUUCAUUAUGUAAGUAUUUAAAGGGAGGGGGGAGAGAAAUCUGAAAUUUGAUAGAAAAUUCAGAUUUUUCUGUUCCUAAAAUCUUAUUCCCGAAAUUUAGAAAUUUUGGUUCAAUUCUGAUUUAAAAUUUUCUGCCAAAAAUAGAUUUUUCACAGAAUUUUUGAGCCGAAAUUUUGACCUCUAAAAGUUUUGGUUCAAAAUUGUUGGGCUGAAAUUUAGAUUUUUAUAGUCCGAUAUUUUUUUUGUGAAUUUUUGGACUCAAAAAAUUUGAAAUUUCAAAUUUUUAUGUAAAUUUCAGUUUUACUUGGUUCGUAUUUUGAGCGCAAAAAAUUCCCUAGAAACCUAAUUCCUAGUCUAAAAGUUUAAAUCUCUAAAAAAUUUAGUUCAAAAUUUUUGGAAAUUUCAGAUUUUGAAGGUUCGAAUUUUUUUUACUCAAAAAAUUCCAAAUUAAAAUUUUCUCGACAGAGUUUCUGAGAAAAAAUUUAGAUUUUUAUAGUCCCAGAAAAAAUAACAAUUUUUCGCCGCAAAGUUAAAGUUUCAGAAAAUCUCCAAAAAAACAGCACUUUCCCUCUAAAAUUUUCAAAUUCAUAUUUUUUGCAGAAUGGUUGGAUGUUCGAUGAAACGUCGACAGCUGAAGAUGCAGUACCUGAACAACAUCCAGCCGAUGGUCAAAAUCCACUUGAACCCGGUUCUUAUGGAGUUGGAGUACCGACUGGUGUAUCAGCUGCAUCAUUCAACGAUAUGCACAAUUUGAUUCGAAAAGCCAACGAAGAUCAAGCGGCAGCAAUGAUGAAUGAGGGAAAAGGACAAAAGAUCAAAAAUAUGUUGAGGCGAAAUUCGCGGAGAGAUAAAUCGAAAUCAAAGCUGAAAAUCGAAUCGACUGCACCAGCCGCAGUUAAUCCGAAAUGGACACAACCAACACCAUCCAAUAAUUCAUCGAAUAGUGUUGAAUCGGCAUUUUGUGGGAAUUAUCAGGAACGAGAUAUUGAUGCCGAAAUCGAAUCCAGAAAAAAUGAUCAAGAUCAAAGUCCAUCGUUGGAAUCGAGUUUGGGAAGUUUGCCGGAUACAUCGAGAGAUGAGGAGAAUGAAGAAGUGAAAAGGCGGAAAAGACAGGAGGAGAUUAAUUCGGCACGAAGAUUGUUUAUUGCUGGAAAUACGGCGGCGGCUGAAAAUACACCUGAUGCGGAUAAAGCUGCGAUUGAUGCGUUGGCUAAUCAUUCGGAACAUUUGAAUUUGGCUAGCAGUCCGGCACUUGAGGUGAGCGGGGUUUUCAAGCACAGGUGGACCAAUUUUUGGCCAAAUUCUGAAAAAAUGGCCACAUUUUUUAGUUAAAUUUUGUUUUGGCCAAAUUUUGGUCGAAAAUUGGGCCAGAAGUUGGUCAAAAAUUAACCAAAAAGCUCAUAUUGUCCAAAUUUAGGUCAAUUUUGGUCAAAAAUUGGCUCCAGGAAGCUUGGAAGCAAAUAAAAUUUGAAGUUUUAUCAUGUAUCCAACCCAAAUUUUCUUUCUUUCCAGGUUCUCUCUGAAGAAACUCGCGAAAAAAUCCGCAAAAUGCAAAAGAAACAAAGUUGGCACGAUACAAAACUCACAGCCGACUCGAAUAAUCUCCUCAAAACCUCGUAUUCACCAACAAAAGAUCUAACCGAUGCAUUAUCCUGCACUUCAGAUUAUUCAACAACAAGUUCAGCUCCAUUAAGCAGCAACAAUGCACCGCCACUUGUCGUGACUUGUCAACCGAAUUCGAGUUCGGAUUAUGCGUCGAGUGAUCCGUCGCCGUGCACAAGAAAUCCGUCGACAUCGCCAGCCGCCAGACCCGCUAAUUUGAUUUUGAAUAAUGUGACGAGUCAAAAUAUCGAGGAGCCUGUUUUGAUGUGUCGAGAGCAAAAGAUUCGAAUGAGAGCGAAAGGUGGUGCGAAUUUGAGAGAUCCGACGAGAAGAUAUACACUUGGUGAUGUUGAAACUUUGAAGGUUUGUGGAAGAUUUGGGCAGGGGUGGGAGAAUUUGAUUCAAGAUUUUUUUGAACUAAAAUUUUCUGAAAAAUUCAAUUUUUUCAAAACAAAAAUCAUAUUAUAUUAUCCAUUCUAAUUUGAAUAUUCAAAGUUUGCCACGUUAUAACUCUUUUUUUCUCUCAAAAAUCCCAUAUGAAAACAUUUAUUGAGGAGGCUUGAAAACCUGCUGACUGUCUUUCUCAUUCAAAUCAAUAUCAAUCUCAAAUCGACAUUCCGAUUUCUUAAAAUUCGAAUAUGCAGUUUUCCACUCUUUUCUUGCAUUACAAUUAUGCAAAAUGAGCAGGAAAAAUUGUUGAGAUUCGUUCGAAACUGAAACAUCUUCCAAAUAUCGAACAUCUUUGUUUUGUUCCAUAUUGUGAGCGCAGAAAUCGGAAUAUUUGUGCACGUAUUUUGCGUUGCUGAAAAAAUAAUUGAACAAUUCUUAAAAUAAUUACUAUAUGCUCACUCCUUAGUUCCUUCCAUCAAAUAAAUUGUUCUACAAAAAUUUGGCUGAUCACAUUUCAAUGUUUCAUUCAGAGAAAUUGUUGAAUUGUUCUCCAGAAUCUCAUCAGAAUCUUGUGCCGCCGUCGAAUUUAUAGUCAAAUCGAGGUUGAAGUUUAGAUGAACUAUGCUGAAAAUAUUCAGAAGUUCUCAAAAUUCAAUUCAAAAUAGAGUAUAGUAUUACUCGUCUACUGGCACAUCUUCGAAUUCAUAAAACAGUUCCUCGUAUUUUCCGUCGGUUGUGCAAUUGUGAUUGACUUUUAGGUAGAAUUCGAAGCUUGGCUGGAAAUUUCAGAAAUUUUGUAUCUAGAAUUAUUGAAAUUUCAGCCUGAAAAUAGAGAAUUUCUGAAAUUUUCAAAAAAUCACCGAAAAAUCACCGGCGACACCUGCGAUUUCAUCAAUGAAAUUAUCGAUGUUCGAAUUCGAAACACAUUUUUCAUCCCAGGUUACGAUGUGAUCAUCAAACCUGAAAUUAAUUCUAGGUAUCUUCAAACUCCCAAAGAUUUCAUUAACUUACAAUAAAUCAGAUUCUUUUAGACUAACGGAGCGACAGAAUUUUGGUAAAUCACAAUUAAAAGUUCCGCGAAUUCUCACGUGGCUUUUUGAAACAACGAAUAUUAUUUGAAAUUGCAGAAAAAUUAGGAGAUGUUUAAACAUUUUUUUCGAAGAGGAAUGAAAUAUUUCUGGAAAAAAUGUAUAAUAAUGUUUUGAUGAAUCAGAAUGUUGAUUUUCGGGAAAAAAUUACGAUAAAAAAUCUGGAAAUGACGUGGCAAAUUGAAAAAAAGAAAAAAUUGAUUUUUGUAUUUUGAAAAGUAGUUUUAAAAAAUACUUCAAGUUCAAAAUUAACAAUUAUUUUUUCUUUCAGCAAGGAAAAAUCGAAAAAAUCGCCCGAUGGAUCGGAAUUCGUCGAUCAACUCCAAAUGUUUCAAAUGAAGCAGAAGAAUUGGAAAAAAAUGCGCCAAUUCCGCCAGUAAUUGUUGUAAAAACUUCGCCCAAUGAAUUGACACCAGCUUCUGGAGAUGAACAACUUUAA